CGCCGAUUGCUUUGGUGGCUCGAUGAAGACCAAUGUGGUGCUGCGCUCCUAUGGGCACAUCAUGUGGGACUCGCCCGCCAUCACCAAGAGCUCCUGCAAAGUGAAUGUCUCCUACUUCCCCUUCGAUGGGCAGCUGUGCCACCUCACCUUUGGCUCCUGGACCUACAAUGGGAACCAGAUCGACCUCCGCAACAGGCUGGACACUGGGGACCUGAUCGACUCCGGCUGCUGCUCUGAGCCCUACCCUGAUGUCACCUACACCUUGAUCCUCCGCCGCCGCGCCUUCUUCUACAUCUUCAACCUACUCCUGCCCUGCAUCAUGGUCUCCUUCUUGGCCCCCUUUGGCUUCUACCUGCCAGCUGACUCAGGGGAGAAGGUCUCCUUGGGGAUGAUGGUGCUGCUGGCCCUCACCGUCUUCCAGCUGCUGGUGGCGGAGAGCAUGCCAUCCUCAGAGAGCGCUCCACUCAUCGGUGAGAAGUACUACAUUGCCACCAUGACCAUGAUCAUGGCCUCCACUGCAUUGACCAUCUUCAUCAUGAACAUCCACCACUGUGACCCAAAGAGCCUUGGGGAAGGGGAAGUGGGAACCGAGGUGGGGUGCUGCCCCUGAAACCGCUGCCUGUGCCUCCACAAUGGCCUGUUGAGGAACCGGACUGGUGAGUGGAAGAAGGUGGCCAAGGUGAUGGACCGCUUCUUUAUGUGGAUCUUCUUCCUCAUGGUCUUCCUCAUGAGCGUGCUGGUCCUGGGCAAAGCUACCUGA